CCCCCCCGGUCGCGAAUUCUUCUUUGCACCGAUCGGGGAUUAACGUCGGUUCGGAAUGUACAUCGUUCUCCGUUUGUGUAUGGUGUCAGCUGAAUUCCACGGACUACUUUACGACCGAUCGACCGAGCAGCCGUGAUGUCUAUCCACUACCGUUACCAGCAUCACCAUCACCAUCACCGACAUCACCAACACGGCAUGGAUACGCCGAAGAUAAGCGAAACGCUGAAAACGCAGGCAACAACGGCGCUGAAAUUAAUCAAAACCGUGGUGGAAUUCUCGCAGAAACUAGCUUCAAUAUACGACCAACACGCAAACAGUCUCCGUACAGCAUCCGACACAUUCCGAAAGAAAACGAAUGAUGUACUUACAAAAGAAAAUAGGGAAGAUGAAGCACCAGCCCUGUUAGGAUCGAUUUGGAAAACUAUAUUACAAGACACAGAAAACGAAGCCGAGGCAAACAGUGCGUUAGCGAAAGCAUUUACAGAGUAUUUGGUAAUACCUCUCCAAGACUGUGGCAACCAACAGAAGCAAAUUAUUAAGAAACUUACAAAUUAUCAAGAAGAAUUCGAAGACAAAAUGACGAAGACAAAAGAGUCAUUAACAAAGUGUCAAAAAGAAUACCACGAUAAUUGGACCAAGGCCAAGUCAAAAGACCCCGCUAACAAGAGCUCUGCGAUGCUGUCUUGCUACCACGCACAUAACGAAUAUCUCCUCCAGCUGACGGCGAUCAAUCACUUUCUCAAGAAGUAUUAUCUAUUAGUGCUUCCCGAAAUCCUUAGCAGCUGUUUUGAGAUAUCAGGACAGGGUGAUGUGUUGACAUUUCAGUGCCGACCAGCUCAACUUUGGAAACCAGUAUUAGCUACUAGUUUAUUUGACGGGAAUGAUCACGACGAGUUCCAUAUACAGUUAGCUAAAAGUGUCGCCCAGUGCCUUAGUUUGGCGCUCAGGACCGGUAAAAAUAAGGUUUUGCCUGACUGA